CUUAUUAUCUUUAUGGCUAUCGAACUGGGGUACACCGCAGAUUACCACGUCCAUCUACGACAGGAUGAAAUGAUGAGACUCGUCACUCCUACAGUCAGACAAGGAGGAGUGUCUAUAGCAUACAUCAUGCCCAACCUGGUCCCACCUAUCACGACCUUGGACCGUGUAAUCGAGUACAAGCAGGAACUCGAGCAGUUGUGCGAUUCCACCACUUUUUUGAUGACACUUUACCUGAGUAAGGAUCUGACGCCAGAGCUGGUAGAGGAGGCGGCGCACAAAAAGGCGAUCCGUGGUAUCAAGUGCUAUCCGUCCGGCGUCACCACGAACUCGAACGCAGGUGUGGACCCCAACGAUUUUUCGCAGUUUUACCCGAUCUUUGAGAUUAUGCAGAAGCAUGGGCUUGUGCUCAACCUGCACGGUGAGAAGCCGUCCAUUUCGAACGAAGAAGGCAAGGACAUCCACGUGUUGAACGCCGAGCCUGAAUUUCUGCCUGCUCUUUUCAAGCUGCACAAAGACUUUCCGAAACUCAAAAUCGUCCUUGAACACUGCACUACCAAAGCUGCCGUCGACGCAAUACACGAAAUCAACAAGGACCUGAAGGACGGCGAACAGCCAAUCGUCGUAGCGUCCAUCACGGCACACCAUCUGUUCCUAAUUGUGGACGACUGGGCCGGAAACCCGCUCAAUUUCUGCAAGCCGGUGGCUAAGCUGCCAGAGGACAAGAGAGCCCUUAUAUCUGCUGCCACGUCCGGCAAGCCGUACUUCAUUUUCGGAUCAGACUCUGCUCCGCACGACGUUCACAAAAAGGCAGUUCACACAGGCGUGUGUGCGGGUGUGUAUACCCAGCCGUACGCCAUUGCAUACCUGGCUGAGGUGUUUGAUAAGCACGGGAAACUCGACAAAUUGAAGGAUUUCGUGUCGACGUUUGGAAACAGCUUCUACGAAAUGGACGAAUCCAAAUUGCGCUCCAAGCAAAAAUGCUGGCUGGUCGAAAAACCAAACCUCGUCGCCGACACGGUCGCACAGGGUGGACUGACCGUGGUCCCAUUCCGUCCUGGUUCCAAACUCAGGUACGCAGUCGAGUGGAGAUAGAGUCAAACGUUGCCCAGCACAAUCAUAAAUUUGAGGUGUUUGUCGUGGCCUUCAGGGAAGGUUCCGUCCUCGUUGAACACACAGAUGCUGUUGCUUUUCCAACCCCAGCUCUGAGACUUGUGGAAAUCGUUCGGGACAGAGAGGAAGGAGGUGAUUGUGGGUUUUUCGCGUCUAGAUGGAGUAAACAUGAUAAAGUACACCAUGAUAACGUUUCGUUGGUCUUCGUAGGUGAGGAACGAGCGUGGCUCUGUUCCCGGGCUUCUGAUAGACGGUGCAGACGAGUCGUUAAGAGAAAGAUCGGUCAAACUGAGCGAACUAUCGUCCUGCACGUUCUCUUUCUCCUCGGCUCCAUGCAGAUUGCUUCCCAACGGAGCCAUAUUUCUGUCCAUCCGAGCGUUCACUGGAUCGCGAUGUUUUUUGGGCAUGCUCUGGUAAUUCACGUUGCCUGCAAAAACGUUCGGAUUGGUCAGACUAUACUUAGAGGACGACGUGGACCCGCUGUUGUUUGCUCUGUGUAGAUACGCGCCUAUUUGAUAUGUGUUUUUUAGCUGGAUCUUGUUUUUCUGGAGAUACAAGUUCCAAUAUGACCCGGCAUACCAGAAAGUUGUUCCAUAGACUCGCUUUUCUGUCAAAAGGUCAGAAACGUUUGCGAACGCGAUAGAAAACCGAAACGGAGGAAUCGAUGUCCAGCUGUAGAGCCGCUCGUUUUUCGGGCUCUCGUCCUGGGUGGACUUCCCGUUCUCGACGCUCCCUGUAGCGGGCGACGUGCUGAGCAUGUCGGCCAUUUUUCUGUCGAGUUCCGCAGGAAGACCAGAGAUGGUAGCGUCUUUAAUAGGAAUUCUGAACCAUUUGGAGUCGGACGUCGGCGGAGCAGCGCUUGUCACGGUAGACGCGAUGUUCGAUGUUGGCGAGCUGAGAACUAGCCGCUGCAGAUAAACCGCCUGCCACAGCGCCUUGUGCAACACCUGCGGGUCCACGUAGGAGCGGCCGUAGAUAUCUGUGAAAGAUUCCAGCUCUUGGAGCUGUUCCGGACUCAUGUGGCAAUAAUGCAGUUUCUCGUUCAAUGUCUGCUUGAUAGGCGUAAUUUCGUCCUCGUCGUAAUUCGCCUCAAUGCGGCGUUCCAACAGCUUGAUGAUAAAUAUGCACCGGUCCCAUUCACUGGGGACAAAGAAGUAAUCUUCGCCAACCACGUCUGCAAUGACGGCGGCCGGUAAAUCGUCCCACGGCUCAAUCCCGACCUCCCAGCCGUCCGUGGACAAUAUGCCCUUGCCGUUCUGUAUGAUCCUCUCGCUGGCCGCUCCGUAAUUGCUUGAGACGGCAAACCUGAUAACGUCCGAGAUGUUGGCCAUGUUCAUGUUCUUGACGAUGCAGUCCGUCGCCGUACACACCGCCUCGUUUAUGGCAAGAUACUGGCCCACAGCGAUCAUGCUGUACGGAAUUUUGGACUCCUCUGUCGUGUUAACAACCCCGUACAGUCUCGAGAUGGCCAACUCGAAACUGUGCUGAGUGAUGCGCGGGUCGUCAAACUCCAGAACGUACUCGUCGCGAACGUAAUCCUCAUCGUCGGCGGGCCAUUUGAACAAGCUCUGGAAAUAGUCGCUUCUAUCCAGAACAAGCCGAUGGAGCCUGUAUGUGGCUCCAAACGCCGUGACCCGGACGUCUGAGUAGGCUCCUUCUAAAAACCCUCGCUUGUAGAAGUAGUCCGACACCGUUUCAGUUUUGCAGCAUCCGUAGGGACAGGACCCAUUGUCGGAAUCGGCUUGUGUGCUGUGUGCCCCCGAUUUCGAGGGGGACGUCUCUUUUGGUGAUAGAUCAACCGAUCCCGAUAAGAGCCCUGAACCAGGGGUCUCUGAGCCGAGAAGCGGCGAC